GAAGAAGAAGAAGAAGCAGGGGACUAAGGACAAAACAAAACAUGCCAGUAUUCUCUUUUUUUUUAACACCGAUUGAGAGAUUUUGCGUCGAUGUAAAUAUAAUCAUAAACGUUCAAAAUGAAUGCUAGUUCAUUUUAGCUUGGGUUAUUCAUCAGCACGGUGGUUGUGCUGGCUUUGAGGGCGAUGGGCGCAUAUUACUGCGCCAUAUGUCGGCAAACAACGUUCUCUGGGAAAGGCCACAUCUUUGGAAAAAGCCACCAAAACAGACUAAGAGUGGUUCUUCUCAAGUUCUUAGAAAAGGUGAAGGAAGCUCGCCGAACAAUUAAAAAACCACAGGUAGAGAAGUUUGAUUGUAUUCAACAUGAGCAGAUGUUCUGGUGUUACUGCUGUGAGCUUGAAAUUCAAAGAAAUGUUACUGAUGGCAACAUCACUGUACUGCAUGGAGGAUUGUUGGAGCACAUGGCCACACCACAACACAAGAAGAAUACACAUAAGUUCUGGUGGGACAAUAAAGCUGAUCCCAAGCUAAAAGAUAAGGUCAUCAUCACAGAAGAGGAGGCUGAAAGGUUUAAAACUGAGGUGGCAAAUGUUUUGGACACAUUUGUGGAAAAGCAAGAUGAAUUUAUUAAACAGCAAGCUGAUUGCAUCCGGGCUCAGGAGAAAUAUCGUCAAGAGGUUCUUCAGUCCCACAUUGAGCGUAACACAGAGUCAGAGUUGUCUAAUGGACCUAAAGGCCCAAGUGUCUCUGCAGAAGAUGCUGUCAGCUCUCACAUCAGGCAUCAGGGACCUGAUCAGCAUGGGGGUUCCAGCUUUGGUGACCCAAUGAUUGAAGUUAUGUGGGAUGGAACCGGACAGGGCCUGACUUUCAUUGGCUAUCAGGAUUCCUCAAACAGUGGCAACGUUCAUACAGGAGCCGUGCCUCCUUGGCUUCAGGAUGAUCCUCUGGAGGGGAGCUCUGGAGCAGCAGUACGUCCAGAGAUUGGCCCCUCUGUUCAAGAGUUCCUCAAGCACAAGGAACAAGAGAAGCUGAGGAAGCUUCCUCCAAACAGAGUAGGGGCCAACUUUGACCACAGCUCUCACACAGAUGCCAACUGGCUUCCAUCUUUUGGUCGGGUGUGGAACAGUGGCCGACGCUGGCAGUCCAGGCAUCAGUUCAGACAAGAAGAAGGUCAGAAGAACAGACAAAAAAGGAAGCGAGACCACAGCACAGAGGAAUCAAAGAAAAUGAAGACAUCCAAGUAGCUGAAAUUACAACAGCCCUCUCAUUGAAGAUUGAGAAUUCAUCAG